GGAGCGCGGCUCCCGCACCGCACGCGGCGCGGGCUCGGCAGCCUCGGCCGGGCGGGCGCGCCGGCCCCGUGUCCAGCACCAGCCAGGCUUCGGGGCUCGGGACUCGGGGCUCGGCCCUCGGCGAGGCCAGAAGCUCGGCUGGGUGCCCGCACUGGGGGGCGCCUGCGAAGGCUCCAGCGAGCUGCUGGCCCUGGGAGUCAGUGCAUGUGCCGGGCUGAAGACAGCAGCAGCCAGAGGCUCCCGGCACCCUGGCUCUCUGAAUACCAAGCUGCAGGCGAGCUGCCCGGGGCUUUUUGCUUUCUUGCUUUUCCUCUCCUCCAAUUCAGAGUGGGCAAUCCACGUCGAUUUCUUUUCAGGGGAGGGGAGAGGCAGGGCCUGGGGUCCCAAGUCUCACACAAGUCUUCGCUACCAUGGGGGCUGUCAUGGGCACCUUCUCAUCCCUGCAGACCAAACAAAGGCGACCCUCUAAAGCAAGAUCCGCCUUGAUUGCUGCCAUAAUCAAGACAACAGAGGAAAGCUGAAUGGAGUCGAGCGUGCCGCCUGCUGCAUGGGAGCCAGGCACAGACAAAAUCGAGGAUGAGCUAGAGAUGACCAUGGUUUGCCACCGGCCUGAAGGACUGGAGCAGCUUGAGGCCCAGACGAAUUUCACCAAGAGGGAGCUGCAAGUCCUUUACCGGGGAUUCAAAAAUGAGUGCCCCAGCGGUGUGGUCAAUGAAGAAACAUUCAAGCAGAUCUACGCUCAGUUUUUCCCUCACGGAGAUGCCAGCACAUAUGCCCAUUACCUCUUCAAUGCCUUCGACACCACCCAGACAGGCUCUGUGAAGUUUGAGGACUUUGUGACGGCUCUGUCUAUUUUACUGAGAGGGACAGUCCAUGAAAAACUAAGGUGGACAUUUAAUUUGUAUGACAUCAAUAAAGACGGCUACAUAAACAAAGAGGAGAUGAUGGACAUAGUCAAAGCCAUCUAUGACAUGAUGGGGAAAUACACCUAUCCUGUGCUCAAAGAAGACACUCCCAGGCAGCAUGUGGACGUCUUCUUCCAGAAAAUGGAUAAAAAUAAAGAUGGCAUCGUAACUUUAGAUGAAUUUCUUGAAUCCUGUCAGGAGGAUGACAACAUCAUGAGAUCUCUACAGCUGUUCCAAAACGUCAUGUGACUAAGGACUCUCGCCAUCCUGCCCUCAGAGACACUGAACAAACACCUCUAUGCCCUGAUCUGCCCUCGUUCUGACUUUACACACCAACUCUUGGGACAGAAAUACCUUUUACACUUUGGAAGACUUCUCUGCUGAAGACUUUCUACAAAACCUGGAAUCAUGUGGCUCAGUCUCUGAGUGCCCACUCUUUUCUCCUCACUCCUCUUGAGAGAGACGAGAUGAAACCUGAGUUUGUUUCGGAAGCAUGCCCAUCUCUUCAUGCUGCUGCCCUGUGGAAGGCCCCUCUGCUUGAGCUUAAACAGUAGUGCACAAUUUUAUGCUUACAUGUCCCCAACUCACUGCCUCCAAGGCAGGCAGACCCCUAUGAAUCUGUAAGCCAGAGGACCUGAGCCAAAUGUCCACCAUCCUCUGAUGGCCUCCCAAGCCAAUGUGCCUGUUUCUCUUCCUCUGGGGGAAGAAAGAGUGUUCUACAGAACAAUUAGAGUUUAUCAUGAUAAGAUUGGGAGAGGCAGCACCUAACACAUGUAGAAUAGGACCGAAUUAAUAAGCAUGGUGUCGUCAGAUGACCCAAACUGCCCAUGUCUUUUGUUUCCAGAGGUAGGAACUAAUAAUUCUCUCACACUAGCAUCUGUGCUUAUAGAGCAAGUCUCUUCACAUGUCCAGGAGGAGGACCGCUGCCCAGUGGUCUAUCCCUCCUCUCCAUCCCCUGCUCAAGCCCGGCACUGCAUGUCCCUCCCAGAAAGUCCAGAAUGCCUGCGAAAUGCUGUACUUUUAUACCCUGUUCUAAUCAAUAAACAGAACUAUUUCGUACACUCUCAA